AUGAGUUGGUACGAUGAAUGGCUCUUUCAGCAGCUUCAGAAUCUACCUCACAGUCUUGCACAACUCCGAGUUGGGGCAUACAAAAUUCAAGACAAACAGAGCUUAAAUACUUUUUUUGAGGGCAUUGAGGAUUACUGUGCGCGGGAAACCGAAGGGGUCUCUAUCGAUGAGAUCACGGAGUACUUACGAAAAACAGGAACCUUUGAUCACACCAAAGCGCUGCACGGCCAUCAAACGCCUCUUAUUUUCGCCGCUCUUUGCUGUACAUUGACUAUGACAGAAGCACUAAGACUUUAUCGCUCUUCAAAUAUCCGUCAAUUUGUCUUGAAAUGCUUCGAUCACGGGUUGAUCUACUCCUUCUCCAGCAUUGAAAGCUUCCCAGAGGAUCCUCAUGCCAACGAAGAGGAACUUACGCAAUUUCUGCAAGAGGUGCUUUUAUCCUAUCGCCUUCUUUUUGCCCAGUCGGCCCCAUCGAAGAAACUUUUUCGCCAAAUCUAUUGGAUGUCGAAUUUUCAGAGCCACCCGACCGAUUCCCUGCUUUUCCAGUUGUGCACCCAGAAGCGGAUUGGACAGAACUUGACAAUGCUUCCAGCUGACAAGCCACUCUAUUUCGCUGCCCGAGACUUUCCUGUGCUGUAUGACCGGAUCGAGCUCAUGGCAAAUGAUAUCAAGGACGAGGCCAAGCUCAAUCCUCAAUCUAAUGAGAGACAGACGUGA